AUGGAUAAAAUAAAAUCUCUUAAUAUUGAUUGUGCUUUAUACUAAACAGAUUUCAUUAGACCUAUUCCAAAAAUUGUAUCAUCCGAAUUAUAAUGGAAUGACAAUAUCUAUAUGAUCAAUCUCUAAUGGAAUUAUACACUUGAAAUUAAUCAAGAUAAAUUAAGUCAAGUUAAAGAAAUCAUAUAAAAAGCAUGCAUCACAGAAAUAAAUGAUGAAGAAAAAAAAGUAUUUACUAUCUCUAUUUUUAAUCUAGCUAUUAUUUGAUUAUCUAUCUAAUGAAAAAGAUUUACUCAAAAAUUGUGGAUUCACUUCUUAAAGAUUACCUAUCAUUAUUGAAAAAAAUUAAGAUAUUGCACACUUUUUAUUGAUUUAAAUAUGCAAUUUAGAUGGCUUUGAAGAGUAUUUUAUUAACUCAAUAUAUACAUUUAGAUUUUUAGAAGUUUUCAUCUAAAUUGAAGUCACUUAGAAUACUCUUGAAUUGUUUGCACAUCUAUUUGGAGAACUCAAAUUACCACAAGAAUAUAUCACACAAUAUAUCAAUUAUUGCAUAGACUUUUGUAAUAACAUUAAAGUAAUUCAAAUAUUCUUAAUCAUAGGAAAAAUAAUAACAAAACAAAUUAGUUCGCUUUGUCUCAGUUUUUAUCUAAUAAAUGCUUAGGUUAAAAGCAUUUAGCACCAAAGACAUACUCACUGAUGUAAGAAUAAAUUAUAUUUAGUUAUAAGCAUUCUGCAUUGAAUUCUCUAAAGUUGGUGAAGUAUCUAAACUAUUCAAAUUAGUCAAAGGCUAAGAACCUUCAACAUAAUGA